AUCUGUACAAAAGUAUUGUCAACCCUAUUAGUAAAGUAUAACUAUCUUAUUACCGUAAUCAACAUGAACAUCGACUUUCUGCUGCAGAUGUAUCUAAACAAAUAAGUUGAGGGAUUAUUUGGAAAGGCAUAUCUCCAUUCAACAGUAUACACAUUGAGGCGAUUAUGGCUGAUAUGGGUACAUCAGUCAUGAAUUCAACAAAUGAUACAAUGGAUAAUGUUUCAUGUUGCCAAGAGGAUUACAGAGAUGACUUGGAACUUUAUUAUAUACAAUUCCAAUCCGGUUUGGUGUCCAAUAUCAUAUGCGCCUUUGGUGUCAUCUGUAAUUUGUUAUCCAUUGUUGUGCUUAGCAACCAUCGGAUGAGAUCAUCAACGUCUAUCUAUCUUAUGGCACUCGCCAUCCUUGAUAUUGUAGUCCUUCUUUGUUCAGCGCUUUUUCUUGCCAUUCCAGCAAUGGCCGGGUAUCUCCAAGGCAACUUGAUGACGUAUUCGAAAUUCUACCCAAAUCUUCAUCCGAUUGGCUACCCGUUGACGCUCAUAUCUCAGACGUGUACGAUUUAUAUUACCGUUGCGUUCACAGUUGAGAGAUUUAUAGCAGUAUGCCACCCAUUACAAGCUGCAAAUAUGUGCACAAUUCCACGUGCGAAGCGAGUUGUAGUGACAGUCAUAUUCUGCGCUGUCGUUUUCAAUAUUCCACGAAUGUUAGAAUUCGGAGUGACCCAAACAUUAGAUAAAGCCACCAAUGCCACUGUACCGAGGAUUGUCUAUAAGGACCUACACUGGAAUAAAAUAUAUAAAGUCACUUAUAUGGUUAUAGCGUAUAUUCUUGUCAUUUUUCUGAUACCAUUCCUAUUGCUGACUAUACUGAAUACGCUACUAAUAAAAGCGGUAAAUCGUUCCAGAGCGACGCGGGCGACAAUGAAUACUCGAACGCUACGAGAGAAUAAUCUAACAGUGAUGCUGAUUGCAGUGAUAAUGGUGUUCCUCAUUUGCCAAUUCCCUGCCCUCAUAGACAAUAUUAUAACAGCCUUCUUACCGAACGAGAUCCAAAACUCAAGGUGGUAUAUCAUUUUCUAUAGUAUUUGUACCAAUAUGGUCAUUCUAAACUCGGCUGUCAACUUCAUACUAUAUUGCGUCUUUGGUAAAAAGUUCCGUCGUAUUUUCCUGGUGAUGUUCAAAUGUUGGCGAUUCUGCCCUAACAGCGACAUCUUUCGGUUCGAGGAGACGAACUACACCAAUGUAAGCAUUCUUCGAAAAGCAAGUAUGGUUUCUAAAUCAAAUACCACCAUUAGAGAUAAAAGUUAUACCGGAAAUAUUGUGUCACAGAAAAACUUCGGCCCACUGAGAAAGUUUAUAAGUAAGCCAUACAGAAAUGGACAAGCCAAUAUGGACGACGGCCACGAGGGACAUUCUACCUUACUUGAGAAAAAACAUGUGCAGAGAACCUUGCCUAAUGGAAAUAUAGUAUAUGAUGUAUAAAUGAACUAUAUAAAGGACAACAAUUUUAAUACAGAGCAGGCCCGUAGCCAGGA